AUGCCAUCUACCGCUGCCUACAUCAAAGCCAUCGCAGGAGGCGGAAUCCUGUGCAUCGGCGGCCCUGCACUCGUCAUGUGGGUUACACCUACUGAGGAAGAAAUCUUCAAGAGGUAUAGCCCAGAACUGCAGAAGAAGGCUCUUGCCGGAAGGGAGCAGAGGCAGAAGGACUUUGACGCCUUUGUUGGCCAAUUGAAGGAGGCUUCGCGUUCAGACAAGCCGAUCUGGGCUGCACAGAAGGAAAUGGAUGCGAAGAGGUCUGAGACAGAACAACAGAUCCGCAGAGAGGAGCGCGACGCAUAUGCUGCUGAGGGUCGGAGAAGACAAGCAGAGAUCAGGGCUAGCACGCAGUAG